AGACUCGUUAAAGUCUGGCUUACCUUUCCGAUUUUUAGGGUUUCAGUUUUAGGAGCAGAGGAACGCAGACGGCGAGGUUGCAAUGGGUAAGAGAAAUGCGCCGUAAAUUGCAAUGGAGAGCCAUUCUGUGAUGAUUUGAUAUUGCUUUUUUUGCUUUUUUUGGCAUUGAAGCGAGGAUAAAGGUUCACGAGUUGAGGAACAAGAGCAAGGCGGAGCUAUUGAACCAAUUGAAGGAACUAAAGGCGGAGCUCGCUCUCCUCCGCGUUGCCAAGGUCACGGGUGGUGCCCCCAACAAGCUCUCCAAGAUAAAGGUGGUGCGGUUGUCGAUUGCGCAGGUUUUGACGGUGAUUUCGCAGAAGCAGAAGGCGGUGCUGAGGGAAGCUUAUAAGAACAAGAAGUACAUGCCUCUGGAUCUUCGUCCCAAGAAAACUCGUGCUAUUCGUAGGCGUCUCACUAAGCACCAGGCAUCUUUGAAGACAGAGCGGGAGAAGAAGAGGGAGAUGUACUUUCCACUGAGGAAAUAUGCCAUCAAAGUGUAGUUGGGCUUGCACUUUCCUGGAGUUGUUUUGUUUGAAAGUCAAUUGUUUCUCGGAGUAUUUGUUUACAUCUUGCUUCGUGAGCAACAUUUUUGUCUCCAAUGUUGUUCUUCGGAACCUGUAUUCUAAGUAAUAUUGCACUUCCAUUUCCUUGAAACUAGUUAAGCACAUUAUUUUGAAGAAGAAAUUUACCAGUUCUAUUCCAGAACGAUGAGUGUGAUUUUGGUGGUUUAUGAUGUGAUUCAAGGAAUGUGUUAUCAUGCUAUGGCGUUGACAUAAAUCUGUUCAAUGAUU